AUGUUGAAGUCCUUGGAAUACAAGGUUGAUCCAACUACAGAUACUCUUUUAAUGCACAUGAUAUUGUUCAAGCUUGAUGCAAAUUCAAGAACUUGGUUCGAGAGAACCUUUCAAACUGAUGUCAUUCCGAAGUUGGACGAACUGUUGCAAUUCCUUGCAACACAAGCUAGAUCUAUCCCGAGUUCAACUACUAAGAGAAACAUUCAAGGAAAGGUGACUUUGGUCGCGUCCAACGCCCAGUCACAAUGUCCUCUAUGUAAUGGAGAUCAUACAUUGUCGAAAUGUGAUACGUUCUUAAAAUUAUCAGUUCAAGGCCGUUUAGAUUUCGUUAAAUCGAAUAAUGUUUGUUUUAACUGUUUAACUCGAUUUCACAGUGUGAAAACUUGCAACAGCAAGUUUAGAUGUAAAAGGUGCAAAAAACCCCACCACUCUUUACUUCAUAUCGAAAAUGUUAGCGAUAGGGGAAGACAGAGUGCUAUAAAUAAGUCAAAUUCUAGUGAACUUUCUAUCAACGCUCCUGCGUUUUCGCCUGCCCUUAUUCCAAGUACUAGUCAAUUAAGUGAUAAUUCUAGAGUGGUAGAUGUUACAUCGUGUAUUUCGGGUGUGGGGCCAGACGUUCAAACCCUCCUCUGCACUGCUCUGAUUCAGUCUAUGUGA